GGCCGGGAGUGGGGGAGGGGUGCGUGAUCGUGACGUCCCAGAGGGGUCCCGGGUGACCCCAGGCCGCGGGUGUGGCGGUGCCGGCUUGGCCGUAGGGUCAGAGCUCCCGGACUCUACGCCCCAGGUGUUGGGUCUCCGGGCCCCCAAGAUGACCUGCAUGAAGCUCCUGUGCGUGGCGGCCGCAGUCGGCUGUCUGCUGGCACCCCCAGCCCAGGCCAACAAGAGCUCCGAGGACACCAGGUGCAAGUGCAUCUGCCCACCGUACAGAAACCUCAGCGGCCACAUCUACAACCAGAACGUCUCGCAGAAGGACUGCAACUGCCUGCGCGUGGUGGAGCCCAUGCCGGUGGACGCGGAGGCCUACUGCCUGCUCUGUGAGUGCCAGUACGAGGAGCGCAGCACCACCACCAUCAAGGUCACCAUCAUCCUGUACCUGUCGGUGGUGGGGGCGCUGCUGCUGUACAUGGCCUUCCUGAUGCUGGUGGACCCCCUGAUCCGGAAGCCGGACGCCUACACCGAGCAGCUGCACAGUGCAGAGGAGGAUGAGGAUGCUCGGCCCACGGUGGGCGCCGCGGCCUCACCCGGAGGCCCCCGAGCUGACUCGGUGCUGGGGCGCGUGGAGGGUGCGCAGCAGCGGUGGCGACUGCAGGUGCGUGAGCAGAGGAAGACCGUCUUCGACCGGCAGAAGAUGCUCAGCUAGGCGGGCAGGGGCCACGGCGCCAGCUUCCGGCUGGACGGAGCUGGGGCCACAUUCCCGCCUCCGGCCACCCUCCCGGGUCUUCCCCGUCAAGGGGAAGGUCACCCCCAACCUCAGCACGUGGCGCACAUCGCGUCUCCUCUGUAGCAACGUCCCCGUUGAGCGGCAGCCAGUGGGGAGGGAGGCGUUCGGUGCUGCCCUCCCAGCUCCAAAUACCUGGAAUGUUCUUACCUCUGGAGGGCGGAGCUGGGCCAUUGCCACUCUGUGGGGGGGGGGGCACUGACCCCCUCCUUCCCCACGGUCCCCCACCGAGCAGGCUGGGCCAUGCCCUUGCGGACCAGGCCCUCACCUCACUUCAGGACGCCAGGCAGCACCCCCCCCCCAUGGCUGGGAAGCUGAACCAGAUAGUGGUGGCAUCUCGGGGCAGGAGAGGUUCUGGGUGCCCGAGUGCCUGUGCCCGGGUCGUCAAUGGUCCCCGAGCUCCGCUGUGCCAGGGUGUGGAGAUGGAGAAAGCUCGUGUUCUUUGUAGUCUGUUAUCAUGGAAGCCACAAUUAAAUUGUCUGUUUCUCUCA